AUGUUCAGCGUUAUACUCAAACAGGCCAAUCAUACCAAUGGUUACCAAUCCAGAUCUGAACAGCAAACCCGUCAGCUUCUGCGCAAGCUGUUGAAAGCAACAAGCCAUGCCCAGCCAUUUGAGUACGUCAAGAAUACGUUCUUCUUCUCUAUGGGAUCUUUAAUGCUCCAACUUGCAUAUGGGUACAAACCUCAAACCCCCCAAGACAAUUUCUUUGAGGAGGCACAACUAGCAUUUCAUAAUGCACCUCUCCCCCACGCCGUCUCCACAAUUCCAUCCACACGCUCUGGCGUCCCCCACCCAUACUCCCGUCCUACCAGCCGCUCUAGUCGUCGUUCCGUGGCAGCCAACUCCCAACCACCCACUCGCGAACCAUCUCCCACUCCGCAAGACUUGCCAAGGAUGGAACCGGAGCCGUCCCUUACCGCUCUCCUCGAGGCUGUCACAGCCCUCACAGCCACAGUCGGGUCCCUACAGGACCAAAUCAGAUCACAAGGCCAACAGCUCACUGAGCUCAAAGCCAUAUGCAAGGAGACCGCCGACUUACUCGGCGACAAGGACCAAGGAACCCAAGCUCAGCCUAGCACAUUGGUUGGGCCUGUCACUCCCCCCACUCAUACAGGGGGAGAAGCGCACACUCCAGGAACGGUUAGGCCUGGACUCAAGGCCCCUUUCCGCCCAUCAAGAGGAACGGGCUUUGACUCAGAGGAAGAGGAAGAACCCAGGCAAGCCCCCAAAAAAGAGCCUCGCGACACGCCUAAACGGAGCCUCAGCUCCCUCACCCCAUUCGACUCAGGGUCCAGCGUAAAGCGACCCAAAAUGGAGCUCCCCGACCCAUACAAGGGGGAUUCUAGGGGAAGAAAGGCAACACAGUGGCUAGACCGCAUGCUACUGUGGGUCGCACUUCAUCGAGACCAAUUCGAUGAAGAAGAACAAAUGGUUGUGUGGAUUCUCUACCACAUGACUGACAAGGCUGCCGACUGGGCUCUCCCUAUCAUAGGGACAAUCAUCAAGGGCGAGGGUAACCCCCCAACCACCAUCCCGGCCUUAACGGCCAAAUUCAAAGAAGCCUUUGCCGAUCCAGACGCAAAGAGGGCGGCCGCCAGGAAAAUUGCCGCGCUAACUCAGUCCACGACCACGGCUGAGUAUGUAACCGAGUUCCGUAACCUUAUGGCGGAGCUUGAUUGGAACACUGAGGCGUUUAUUGCCCAGUUCACACGCGGUCUUCACUGGAAGGUGAAGGAACUCCUGUCCACCAAGGACAACAUUCCGGACGAUGAUCUUGAGGCCAUAUUUGCCGCCUCAAUCAAAAUUGACAAUAUCCGUCGGGAAAACGAGGAGAACCGCCCUAAAAAGGCCCCUGCAAAAUCCCCGGCCACCGUGGCCACCUCCACCACUACCACCACUCAACGGGUCCGCCUUUCAGAAGACCCCAAUUACGUCACACCGGAGGAACGGGAUCGCCGCCGCGCAUCAGGACUAUGCGUCAAAUGCGGUCAAAAGGGUCACGGGAUUAAACAGUGUCCCAACGGCUGGAAAGCCACGGCCAAGGAAGAAGCUAAGCCCCUGACCCAAAUGGACAAUAUAGAUAGCAUUGAAUUUGUAAACCUAGGUCUAGACUCCAAUAAAAAACCCUUGCUCUAUAUCAAUCUCCACGUCCAAAAUUCCCCGGCAGAACCCAUACGAACCUUAAUAGAUUCAGGAGCCACUUCGAACUUCAUCUCCCCUGUGGUUGUUGAAAAGUUAAAGAUACCAAAAACCCAACUCGAAAAUCCACAAGUUGUGAGAAUGCUAGAUGGUACUAUUUCCCAGACUGGUCGCAUUUGGCACCAGGUUUAUCUCACGGUUUCGGCUAACGGCCACCCCCACACUAUCCCCUUCCUAGUCUGCCCUAUUGGGAACACACCCGCCAUACUUGGCAUGACAUGGCUCACUCAGGAGUCACCCCUCAUAGAUUGGAACCUAGGCACCGUCACCUUCCCAGAUCAAGUUCAGAUAGCCUCGGAAGAGGAAGCAGACCCAAAUCCACUUGCCGACCUACCCACGGAAUACCAUGAGUUUGCUAAAGUCUUCGGUGAAGAGGAAUUCAAGGUUCUUCCCCCUCAUAGGGAAUAUGACAUUGCAAUAGACCUAAUUCCCGACGCCAAACUAUCACCGGGCCCCAUAUAUGGUAUGACUGACGCAGAAUCAAAGGCCCUGAAACAACACAUUGACGAGGAGUUAGCCACGGGCAAAAUCCGCCCCAGUACAUCAUCAGCAGGCGCCCCAGUCAUGUUUGUCAAAAAGGCAGAUGGUUCCCUGAGACUUGUGGUAGAUUAUCGAAAACUCAACGAUGUCACCCAUAAAAACGUCUAUCCUCUUCCCAGACAAGACGACUUGAUGGCCAAGUUAAGGCAUGCCAAGAUGUUUACAAAACUGGAUCUACGCUGGGGUUAUAACAACGUCCGGAUUAAAGAAGGAGAUGAAUGGAAAACGGCUUUCAGGACAAAAUACGGGUUAUUUGAAUAUCUGGUGAUGCCGUUUGGUCUUACCAAUGCCCCUGCCGCCUUCCAGCAUUUCAUGAACAACUUGUUCAGGGAUCUCAUCGACGUCACAGUGGUCAUCUACUUAGAUGAUAUCUUGAUCUUUUCGGAAAAACCUGAGGAGCACCCAUCUCACGUCAGGGAGGUACUAUCCCGAUUACUGAAGAAUCAGCUAUUCUGUAAACUAUCCAAGUGUCACUUCCAUGUCACCACAGUAGACUACCUUGGCAUUGUUAUCUCCCCAGCCGGUUUCUCCAUGGAUCAGAAGAAGAUUGAGGCAGUUACAUCAUGGCCACAGCCCAAGACAAUUAAACAGGUCCAGGCCUUCUUAGGGUUCGUCAAUUACCUCCGUCGGUUCAUUCCCAAUUUCAGCUCCGUUGCACGCCCACUACACAACCUCACCAGAAAGGAAACCCCUUGGUCCUGGGGCAACCUAGAAGAUGGAGCAUUCCAGGAAUUGAAACUCCUUGUCACCCAGUCACCGGUCCUUGUCCACUCCAACCCGGAUUUACCCUACUACCUUGAAACAGACGCAUCAGGAGUAGCUAUGGGGGCUAUACUCAGUCAACGAGGCUCAGAUAACCGGUUACACCCAGUAGCUUAUAUGUCCAAGUCCUUUUCCGGUGCUGAAGCAAAUUAUGAUACCCACGACAAGGAGCUUCUGGCAAUCAUCAAGGCACUGGAGGAGUGGCGUAUCUUCCUGGAAGCAACAGAGAGGCCCAUACAGGUGUUCACGGACCAUCGCAACCUUGAAUAUUGGAUGCAGGCAAGAACGUUCAACAGGCGACACGCUAGAUGGCGCAUCUUCCUAAGCAAUUUCAAUUUUGAAAUUCACUAUCGCCCAGGAAAACAGUCAGGGAAGCCAGACGCCCUGUCGAGAAGAGCGGACUAUGUAGAUUCCCCUCAGGACCCAGAAGUGAUGCUACCAGCGGAGAUCUUUGCCAAUACAUCGGAGGAGGAACUCAAGAUAGUUACGGAGAUCCGCACCAAGCUUAGGGAUGACCCUUCACUGGAACCCAUCAUCACAUUCCUGACAGAAGACGCGGACAAUGCACCUCCCUCCAUUCGAAAAGCCUAUCAAGACUACGAUUGGGAAGAAGAUCUUCUAUGGUACCGUGGGAAAGUAGUUGUUCCAGACUCAGAACCCCUCAAAGAACGAAUCUUGAGAGAGUUCCAUGACUCCCCACUGGCGGGCCACCCAGGACAGCAAAGGACCCUUGAACUCAUCAGCAGAUCCUAUUGGUGGCCCGGAAUGAAAUCAUCCGCCAAGGAAUGGGUCGAGUGUUGUCCAACCUGCCAAGCUAAUCGCCGUGCCCACGCACCUGUCAUCUCCCUGAGGCCCUUAGAAGUCCCUCCGUUCCCCUUCCACACAAUAUCCUACGACUUCAUCACGGGAUUCCCCAAGUCUAACGGGUACGAUGCUAUUCUAGUCGUGAUUGACUCCUUCUCCAAGUUUGGCCACUUUAUCCCAACCACAAAGAAGGUCACAGCCAAAGGCCUAGCAGAACUGUUCAUCACCCACGUUUGGAAGUUGCACGGACUACCAGUCAAAACAGUCUCGGACCGCGGAACCACGUUCACAGGAAAAUUCCUAAAGGCACUAUACCAACGCCUCGGAAUUAACCCAGCCUUCUCCUCAGCUUACCACCCGGAAUCGGACGGCCAAACAGAAAGGGUAAAUCAGUUCAUAGAAUUUUACCUCAGAUUGUAUGUCGCCGCCGACCACUCGGACUGGGCCACCUGGUUGCCACUAGCGGAAUACGCCUACAACAACGCCAAACAUUCCGCCACCGGGAAGACCCCAUUUGAAUUGGUUUAUGGAAGGAACCCAGUCAUGAGCCCAUCCAACGUCCCAGCAAACGUCCCAGAAGCUGACCAAGUGGCAGAAACCCUGGCCAAAGAAUGGAAAGAGGCAGAAUCCGCGCUCAGGAUGACCAAGGAACGCAUGGCAGGAACAAAAGGAACAAUCCCGGAAUACUUAGUGGGCGAGAAAGUAUGGCUAGAUGGAAGAAAUGUGGAACUUAGGACCAACUCGAACAAAUUGGACCCCAAACGGCUGGGACCCUUUGAAGUCACAGAAAAGGUUUCCACCCAUGCCUACCGUCUCAAGCUGCCCGAGACCCUUAAGAUCCACGACGUGUUCUACGUAGGGCUAUUAUCCAAAGUCCACGAGUCACCAAGUCAACCGCUUCCAGAACGACCCCCUCCUGAAACAAUAGAAGGGGAAGAAGAAUACGAGGUGGAACGAAUCCUUGACUCAAAAAGGCAACGAGGAAAGUGGUUUUACCUGAUAAAAUGGAAAGGUUACAGACCGGAAGACAAUUCCUGGGAGCCAGAAGAACUGUUAGAGCACAGCCAGGAAGAGAUCAAGCGCUUCAACCAGGCUAGACUCAAAAAGGCUUGUGACGCCGCCAAGAGCCUUUAA